UUCCUUUUGGGAUUUAAGGGCUACAUCUGCAUCUAGUUUUGGGAGGCUUCCUGCCUUUGGCUCUACAUUGCGGAAUUAGAUUUGUGGUUUAGUAGCAAAUCUAGUUCUGGGCCGGUCUUUCUGCCGCCCUUGCAAGUUCGAGGUGGAUCCUCUGAGAACGUGUGUCGCUGUGCACUGCGCUCAAGGUUUCAUAUUUUUUUCAAAAAUCUGUGGAACUCCUCCACCAAGAUUGCAAUAAUUCUGGAGGGCGUUUGCAACGAAUGAUGGGAGGCGGCAAAGAGAAUCCUGAGGUUCUAGCGGGUGCUGAGAGCGUGCAAGAUGAGGGAAGUGAUAAGGUACCAGCCGGCAAAGCAGUGUUUUCCGAGGAAGUGAGCAAGACGGUUGCAGGUAAGGCAGGCGAAGAGGAGAAGAGAGAUAAGGAUUCAGAGACAGAUGUACCAGUGGGUGGCGCCGUGUCCUUAUUCAAGCUUUUCAAGUUUGCGGAUUCCUUUGAUUAUCUCCUCAUCUCCAUUGGGCUCGUCGGAGCAGCUGCUCAUGGCUGCGCUUUGCCUGUGUUCUUCUUGUUUUUCGGCAAACUUCUCGAUGGCUUCGGUGCAAAUGCCAACAAUCCUGUCAAAAUGGCUGACAUCGUGGGCCAGUAUUCACUGUACAUGCUCUACUUGGGAAUCGUGGUGUGUUUCGCAUCAUGGGCCGAGGUAGCUGCCUGGAUGCAAUCGGGUGAGAGGCAAGCCGCGCGCAUCCGUGUGCGAUAUUUGCAGGCAAUGAUGAAACAAGAUGUGGCCUUCUUCGACACUGACGCUCGCACUGGCGAAAUUGUGAACAGCAUCUCGUCGGACACUCUUUUGAUUCAAGAUGCCAUCAGUGAGAAGAUGGGCAACUUCAUACACUACCUUGUUACCUUCAUUUCGGGUUUCGCAAUUGGCUUCACCUUACUCUGGAAGUUAGCACUAGUUACCUUGGCUGUCGUUCCUGCCAUUGCGAUGGCAGGUGGAUUGUACGCGUACUCACUUACAGGCCUUACUUCCAAGAGCAAUGAAGCGUAUGCAGAGGCAGGAGGCAUUGCUGAACAGUCUAUCGCACAGGUCAGAACAGUAUAUUCGUUUGUAGGGGAGAAGAAGGCGACUGAAUCAUACAGCUCUUCUCUUCAUCGCAGUCUGAAGCUGGGUUACCAGAGUGGCUUAGCUAAGGGUUUGGGUAUGGGAGUUACGUAUGGGGUUCUCUUCUGUUGCUGGGCUCUCCUUCUUUGGUACGGAGGUGUGCUCGUUCGAGACAGAGAAGCUAAUGGUGGAAAAGCACUUGCUGCUAUUUUUUCAGUCAUCAUCGGUGGAAUAUCUUUAGGUCAAGCAUUGCCGAAUUUGACUGCAUUUGCGAAGGCCAAAGCAGGCGCAUACAAAAUCUUCACGAUGAUAGAUCAACAGCCCACGAUCAAUGUGGAGUCCCCCGGAGCCAAGGAGUUGAGUUCAGUUCAUGGACGCAUUGAAUUUCGGAACGUGCAGUUCAGCUACCCCUCACGACCAGACGUUGUUAUCUUCAGAAACUUCUCACUCGACAUUCCUGCAAGCAAGACAGUAGCAAUUGUUGGAGGCUCGGGGUCUGGAAAGUCUACUGUUGUGUCUCUGAUUGAACGCUUUUAUGACCCGAAUGAAGGUGAGGUGCUUCUAGACGGGACGAACAUUAAAUCUUUGAAUCUGAAAUGGCUUCGUGGUCAAAUUGGGCUCGUAAACCAAGAACCUGCGCUCUUCGCUACCAGCAUCAAGGAGAAUAUUCUGUACGGUAAACCUGGUGCAUCUGACAAAGAGAUUGAAGAGGCAUGCAAGUCCGCCAAUGCGCACACAUUUAUUUCUCAGUUUCCCGGUGGCUACAACACUCAGGUGGGUGAGCGUGGGAUUCAAAUGUCAGGAGGACAGAAGCAGCGGAUUGCGAUUGCAAGGGCAAUUCUGAAGAACCCUGUUAUUCUGCUUCUCGAUGAAGCAACCAGUGCACUGGAUGCCAGCUCAGAACAGAUUGUCCAAAAAGCGCUAGACACUGUGAUGAUCGGUCGUACCACUGUUGUGGUCGCUCAUCGUCUCUCUACGAUCCAGCAAGCAGACACGAUCGCCGUCGUACAGGAAGGUGUCAUUGUGGAAAUGGGGAAUCAUGCCACCCUUUUGGAGAAAGACGGUGCUUACACCUCCCUUGUUCGUCUACAAGAGAUGGCUCAGAGUAAAGAUCGUGGCAGGGAAUUAUCCCGUGGGAACUCCGUGAACCGAUCUGAGAGGCUAUCCAUGUCGAAAUCAGGAAGGAGAUUAAGCAGGCAACACAGCACAGUCUCCGAUGACAUGUCCGAGGGGUCGAGAAGGGAGGUGGACGAAGUGGCCCCUCCUCCAGCAGCAACCAUGUGGCGGUUACUCAAGGUCAACAGGCCUGAGUGGGGUUAUGGCCUUUUGGGUUGUUUUGGCUCGAUUGUUUCGGGUCUCAUGAACCCAGCUUUUGCGUUGAUCAUCAGUAAUGUCCUAUACGCAUACUACUACACUGAUUACUCCAAGAUGAGGAAGGAGGUUGCGAAGUAUGCUAUAAUUUUUGUCGGGCUGUCUGGUGCCGCCCUUGCGGGUUACUUUGUCCAGCACUUUUUCUUUGGAGUUAUGGGCGAGAACCUCAUCAAGCGUGUCCGGGAAAUGAUGUUUUCUCGUAUACUGACUUAUGAGAUAAGCUGGUUUGACAAGGAUGAGAAUAGCAGUGGCCAAGUCUCCGCCCGCUUGUCUGCAGAUGCCACCACAGUGAGGGGUGCCAUCGGAGAUCGCAUCUCUUUGGUUGUUCAAAACUCCUCCUUGUUAAUUGCAACUGGCAUCAUCGCCUUCAUAUUGCAAUGGCAGAUGGCUCUUGUUGUUCUUGCCACCUUUCCUCUCCAAGUAUUCGCCGCAAUGGUUGAGCAAAUGUUUUUGAAAGGGUUCUCAGGAGAUGUAAGAGGCGCCCAGGCCCGUGCUACUAUGGUCGCCAGCGAGGCUAUAGGCAACGUCCGCACCGUUGCCGCCUUCAACGCCGAGGACAAAGUUGUGAAUCUCUUCCAGAAGGAACUCGAAGCACCUUUGAAGCGAGGAUUCUUGCGGGGGCAGAUUGCAGGUAUUGGGUAUGGCGUCUCUCAGCUAUGCUUGUUUGGUUCCUACGGUCUGGGGUUGUGGUAUGGUUCCGAGUUGGUAAAACAAGGAAAAGCCAACUUCGGCGACGUCAUCAGAGUUUUCAUGGUCCUCAUCAUCGCGGCGUUUGCCAUUGCUGAAACUCUCGCCUUAGCUCCGGAUAUCAUGAAGGGAGGUCAAGCGCUGGCUUCCGUAUUCGCUCUUCUAGACCGCCCUACAGAAAUUGAUGCUGACGAUCCCAACGCUCAAGUUGUGGAAACCGUCUCAGGAAAUAUCGAAAUCAAGCAUGUGGCUUUCACGUAUCCAAACAGACCGGAUGUGCAGAUCUUCAAGGACUUGAACCUCAAAGUAAGGGCAGGCAAGUCACUGGCUCUUGUCGGAGCGAGCGGGUCUGGAAAGUCUAGCGUGAUCGCUCUCCUGGAGAGGUUUUACGACCCCACGUCGGGUCGCAUCUUCAUUGAUGGAACGGAUAUAAAGAAGUUGAAUCUAAAAAGCCUCCGAAGGCGGAUGGCACUUGUUUCACAAGAACCUGCGUUGUUCGCGACAACGAUCUAUGAAAACAUUCUCUACGGUCGUGAAAGUGCAACAGAGCAGGAGGUUCACGCUGCCGCCAUGGCAGCUAAUGCACACAAUUUCAUCAGUGGUUUGCCGAACAGCUACAACACUCAAGUAGGUGAGCGGGGAAUUCAGCUUUCAGGUGGUCAAAAGCAGCGAGUUGCAAUUGCCCGAGCUGUGUUGAAAGAUCCUGCUAUUUUGCUCCUUGAUGAGGCAACCAGUGCUCUGGAUGCCGAGUCGGAACAAAUCGUGCAGGAAGCUCUGGAUCGGCUCAUGCAGCGAAGAACAUCUGUGGUUGUGGCCCAUCGAUUAACGACCAUCAGAAAUGCUGAUAGUAUUGCUGUUAUCCAGGACGGCACCGUUGUCGAGGAAGGAACACACAAUGACCUUGUUGCGAAAAAAGAUGGAGCUUACGCUGGACUUGUGAGGUUGCAACAACGGCAUUAAAUGAAUUCUCCCGUUGAACUUUUCGUAGCAAUCUCUUGACCGGAGGCCACGAAUUCGUUUCGGUAUGUCGUCAUCGACGAAUUCCAGGUUGUGCACUGCGUCAUCAAGAUCUUAGAAUUUCGAGUUAGUGAGUACAGCAAGAAAGUAUUCCUAUACUAUUUUGGAUACCCUGCGUCUGGUCGUAUAAUUUCUCUUACCAAAGAAAAAAGAACAAGUGGUGUGAGUAACUGACAUUCUAUUAAUUUCCUAGGAAUAGUUUCUAGACAGCAAAGGAACUUAUGUUAUUAGCGAUUGAAGUGCUCUUAUCUCCUUAUGAAUGUUAUCGAUGCAUGAAAAGAGAAUCUCUUCAACUACAUGUAAUUUUAUUGAGUCCUCAGAUCCAUCGUGAACAAUUCAUCUAAUCGGACCCAGAUCUAGCAGAUGCCCUUCCCUCCCCAACAAAUCGAGCUUCUGCUGUCUGGAUUGCGACAACCAUCUUCCCUUAAGCAGAGUAGUCUAGUUGGGUCAGAUUGUAGAAAAAGAGUCUCAAGUGAAGCUGCAGCUGAGGAAAAUUCUAUGUUGAUUUCACAAAUAUGUCAUCAAGAUUGACAAUCCACUUUUGGAUCAUUUGAAUUA